UUUCUCAUGCGGCAGGCAUCCUCCUAGAGGAGGCGUUGCCCAAAGGUACAGGUACAGUUUUGCGUUCUCUAAUUUGGUAGGUGUUCUGUGAGUCCACUGCUGCGGUGUAGUGUGCGGGUGGUAGUAGUAGUCGGAUCUUCGCUCCUGCGCUGUCAACGCGGAUUCUGUAAUGCUCAUCGCCACGGGUCUUCUGGUCGAGUUUAUCUUGGCGCUUCUCAUCACACUCACCGAAGGCGUCACUUGGAACGAGUUGAAGGCUGCACUGGGCAAGCGGAGACACCUGCAGUGGGUGCGUGACCUGCCGCCCUUGGUCCACGAUCAGCUGCUGUACGCAAGUGAACUCCCCGUGGCAGAGCAGGAGACCUUCCACGAUGUGCUGCGCAACAUCCUUGUGCCACGCACUGUCGGUAGCCCGGGCCACAGAAAAGUGCGACAGUUCCUGCGGCAAUCGAUGGAGCAGCUCGACUGGCAUGUGGAGGAGGACACAUUUGAAGCCCCUACACCUCAUGGCAACAAGGUUUUCAGCAACAUUGUCGCUACCUUGGACCCCUCAGCUUGUCAUCGCCUGGUGUUGGCCUGCCACUAUGACUCCAUGGUCCACAAGCAUGGAGUGUUCUUGGGGGCAACUGACUCUGCGGUGCCCUGUGCCCAGCUGAUAUACUUGGCUGCUGUUCUCAAUGGCAAACUGCAGGAGCAGAAGAGGCGGGUUCAGCUGGCAUUCCUCGUGCCCUUCUUAUCAAGUGCAUCCUUAGGCGUGAUAUGCGCUCCUUCAUUACCCUCGACGCUGGAACAUCUAGGCAUCGGCGCGUCUGACGUGGUGAUCUUUUCGCCUCGUGAUUUCGCGCCCAUGCCUACCCUGCCUAUUCUUGAUGAACUCGUCUUCAAGCAACCCCCCGGAUCGACAGCAGCAUCAACUUCAACCAAGUGUUUAAGAAGCCAGCGCAGCCCAAACCAAUUCAGUGGACACGGGAUCGGUGCUUCUGUACAAGCACUGAAUCGCUUCCCUUUUGCAAUGCAGGGCGAUGGCCUGACAGUCCAGCUCAUCUUCUUUGAUGGGGAGGAGGCGUUUGUGCGCUGGAGCUCAAGUGACUCCCUGUAUGGGUCCCGUCACCUGGCAGAUGUCUGGCACCGCAACAGCACCCAGAGCUACAACCUUGAAGGUUGCCUGCCUCGCUCAGACAUUGCCACCCAGAUUGACCGCAUGGAAGUGAUGGUGCUUUUAGAUUUGUUGGGCGCACCUGAGCCACGAUUCUACAGCUACUUUGUUGACACCAGGCCUGUAUAUGACCGGCUCGUGGAUAUCGAGAGCCGGCUGAAUGACUUAAGUGCCAUGGAGACGAGGUGCAGCAGAUGCCGGACCACUUAUUUUGUCAACUCAUCACAGCUGGCUCUCAUUGAAGAUGACCACAUUCCAUUUUUAAGGAGAAGUGUGCCUAUUGUGCACGUGAUCCCCAGUCCAUUUCCGGACGUGUGGCACAGAUUGGAGGACAACGAAGAGAAUCUAAACUAUCCGACUAUCAACAACCUGAACAAAAUAUUCAAGGCAUUUCUCACUGAGUACCUUCGCCUCUGAAUUAUUUUAUAUGAUUAUUAUUAAUAAUAUUAUUGAAAGAGUGUUGUAUGUCAGUUUCUUUGUAUGUGUCAACACUGUGGGCAUAGGUGUGUAGUGUAAAUUUGCAUGCUUCAGCUUUGCCCUCUUUGCUACAGGCAUACAAAUCAUUGCGCCAAGACAAGGACAGUAGAGGAGUAAGGGUACGAGAAAUCUGAACUUGGUUCUCUUUUGUUAUAAAAAUCGCUUCACAUAUCCCUUACUGUAGGGGUCUACGUGCAGAUUUAAAAAAUUAUAGUAGCAAAUCGAAUGGCACUUCAUUAGAUUUUGUACACGGGUUGAGUAGUGGAGACAGUUGUACCCACUCAAAACAAGUUAUUGUAUGCAUUGAUCAGUCACAAAAUUCACUGAAUAUAUAUAUUUUCGAUCUCUAAAAUAUAUUAUACAUA